AUGGACACUGAUCAGACAGUUUUCUAUCUCACCCCGGAGAGCGACUAUGCUUUGGAGAUCAUUCAACAUCCUGACAAUAGCAGCCGAACAUGCCAAAACCCUAGAGACCCAAAGAUGCUAUGCCUGCGAAUUGGAUUGGACCAAAAGUCCAAGAGCCCACCGUAUCUCGUCAGCUUCGGUAGACGAGACCAUAACGAUGUGAUCUUGAACAAGUACUUUCCGAAAACUGAUCAGUGCUAUUUCGAUUUCAGUAAGGAAACUGGAGAGCUUCUUCUCCACGACAUAUCGGAAUAUAGCGAUACGCAACUCACCGAGAUCGAAUGGAUCACCAAUGAAGACGAAGACGGAGACGGAGACGGAGAGAGAAAGGAGAAGCUAGGCUAUUCCCAAAUAUCGAGGGCCCGUCGGCAAUGUGUCGUGCUUCUCAGGCCUGACUUGUACCACGAUCGCGUCGAACGCCAGUGGCUCUUCCAGAUCCGUGAUGCUGAGUUCCGCUUGUUACCAGGAACAACACGUGGCCGGAGUGAAGCUCAACUGACCAAGGAGAGGUUGGCAUUCGCAAGAAACACCAACAAUGAUGGGACGAUCGAAAGGACUUUGCAGCAACUCGGCACGCUCGACCUGCAAUCCAAGGGAUUGCUAGCUCGUGAACCCCAUAGUACUUGGUUCCGAACCUCACCCAAGCGGGAAAAAGACAAGGUGAUCCGAAUCAGAAAGCUCAAACCGCUUGGAAGAGGCGGCCAAGGUGAAGUGCACGAGGUUGUCGACAUGUAUACCGGCGCGCACUACGCUUGCAAAAUCGUCGACGUAAGGACAGAGGUAACUCAAUGGAAGAUCCAUUCCGAGAUAGAGUUCAAGAUGAGAGUGAAAAAAGCGGUAGAAAUAGUCCAGAAGCUGACGCAUCCUCAUAUCGUGCCGUACACACACACCCAGGAAUCCAAAACCAGCCACGACAUCCAGAUCUUCAUGCCUGUCUAUGAGGGCAACCUCCACGAUCUACGGCAAGCGCUCAGAGACCAGGGGCAAGAGGGGGUACGAACCAUAACCAGCAAGAUGCUAUACCAGAUGUUACAGGCACUGGAUUUCGUUCAUACUCAUGAUCCGCCAAUCAUACAUCGAGACGUUAAGCCUCCGAAUAUCCUCCACCGCGGCGGCAACUUCUUUUUGAUAGACUUCGGGAUCGCCAAAGCCGUCGAUGCAUCAAAUACUGUCGUUGGAACGGGAUCGUAUAUGGCGCCUGAAGUUAGGGAGAACAGGCAGCAGACGCCCAAAGUUGACAUAUGGGGGCUCGGCGUGACAGUGGUGGAGUGUUUAGAGCAACCCGAAGACUUUAGGACAAGACAGUUUACGGAGUGGGAGCAGUGGUACGAGUAUCUCCAGACGAGUCUGAACCAACAUCACUUUCCUUUCGCAUCUAUGGUCACCGUCGACACCGAUCGGCGUCCAACGGCUCGCGACCUACUACAAAGCUGGCGGACGAAUGUCACCUUGAGUUCAGCAGCACCGCCGCUUUCUUACCAGCUAAACGGAACGACAACGAUAAACUCUGCAUCACCUAUUCUCAUGGACUGGACACAAACGGUACCCACGACUCCACCGGCGCAGCCAGGAGCCAGACGUGGAGAGUCUUUCAAGUCUGUGAGGUCUCGCAACGAAAGGGAGAAGAAAGAUUGCAAGCGUAAGAGGUCAUCGCAGAAUGGGGAUGCACCGUCUCACUCCUCAGGGGAAUCAGAACGAACGCCAGGCAGAACUCUGCGACCGAGACCGAAACGGAUUCGUAAGGCAGAGGAGAGAUAG